CAUAAAUUUUGCUAUCGCUUACGCAACAUGAGAGUUUAUUGACACAAAUUAUGCAGGCAUGUACUCAACUCAGAACAUCGCGCGCAAUCCCAUUCGCCUAUUCCAGUUGCCCAACACACUAGCUGGGGAUGCAGUGGUGACCAUGAUUAUCCAAACGACAAUGACGUGGUUCAUCGAGCUUUUUCUUGCCAAUCGCGACAUGAAGAAUGGGAGCGUCCGCCCGAUAGGCUUCAUCGAAGAACCUUCGUCACCUUUCAUGCGGUGGUUUAUGAUGCUUAAUCUGGAAGACACGAGACACACCAAGAGCAGGCUUUCGGUGUUUGCUGAACACCUAAUUCGAAUUGGGUUGAUUUUUGUUGUUUCAUUCUUCCUGCUAUGGCCAGCCUCGGUCGGAAUAUUGACCGUUAUCGGAACCCGGGGAUCCGGGAAUGAUUGGGAUUGGUAUUUUCAAUCCAAGUGGGCACCGGAAGCCUUCAAAGGGAUCCUUGGAGGACUUCUCGCCCUUCUCACAACGCCGGCCAUGGCUUCAUUCUGGCUUGUCAAGGAGGGUUGGAGCUUGAAGAGGGGAGGGACUUUGUUGAGUUGACGGAUGAGUUUUCCAGACGGCUUUGGAACAGGGAAUUAGCUUGGCGUUUGACGGAAUGGAAAAUUUCUUCUCACAUCAAACACUCCCAGCGACUCA